CUACGUCACUUCUGCCAGGACCAAAUACUACCACUUAGGCUCCGCUCUACCGUCGCUCCUGGGUCAGGGUGAGUGGGACCCAAGCCGGGGCGGGCUUUGACGUCAGAUUUUUGCUCGGGGCUAGGCUGCUUACCUGCUGGAAAGAACGGGCAUGCGCAGCACAGAGCGGUUCCCCUCCCCCCGCCUUGCCUCUUGCGCAUGCGCACUCUUUCUCCGUGUGUUGACUUCCUCCUGAGCCUCUCUUGGCUCCCCAGCACCUACCUUCCCGCCCCGCCCACACUGUCCCGGGACUCGAGGGCGCAUCGCAGCCCAGUCCUGGAGCCGGCCUCGGACAAGCCGCUGGACCUCGCGCUCCCUCGGCAGGGCCCGCCCAGCCCUUCCCCAUCCCUCGGGGCCUCAGUUUCCCCCUCUGUACACUGCCCGUCCUCUCCCCGGACCCUUGCUCAGCCUCGGGUCUUCCCAGCCUGGGCGUGCGGCCGUUCACCUGCCCCAGACCCUGCUGGGCCCCGGUCAGAAGGGUCUGCCUGCGAGCGGGACGUCCCGGCGCCCGGCCCUGUCUCACCCCCCAGCGGGACCUCCCGGUGCCCGGCCCUGCCCGACCCUUCCUCCUUUCCCUUCCUCCCCAGCAGGACGUCCCGGCGCCCGCUGCUGCCCCUCCCGCGCAGAAGCAGCCCACGGGGAGGAGAUGGCCCCCAUGUUCCUGGCGGACAGCGCCUCCCGGGGCUCUGUGACCUUUGGGGACGUGGCCGUGGACUUCUCCCAGGAGGAGUGGGGGCACCUGGACCCCGCCCAGAAGGAGCUGUACCGGGAGGUGAUGCUGGAGAACUACCGGAACCUGGUGGGCCUGGGACUCGCAGUUUCCAAACCCCGUGUGAUUGAGCAGUUGGAGCGAGGGGAAGCGCCGUGGACACCAUGGGGAGGGGUCCCGAGCAGCUGCGGUCCAGAUUUGGAAGCUAAGCCUGAAGUCAAAGAAUCAGCUUUAAAGUUUGGCCUUUCUAUGGAAAAAUUGUCUGAGGAAAUGCUUAUGAAUGUUGGUGAUUGUGUCUUUGAGUUAAGAGAAUUCUGCAGAUUUGAUGCCGGUUCAGAAAGGCAGCAGAAUAAUGAGGAGAAUCCUUUUCAAGCCACAGCAUUCAUCCAGAAGAAGCUUCCCCAAGGAGUACGACUCUCUGAAUACAAUAAAUGUAGUGGAAGCUCCAGUCCAGCACAAAGACUUUUUCCGCUACCAGUUGUAAGUGUGAAAAGUGUGCAUGAAUGUGACACAAAUCAAAGACACUUCACCUUGUUUUCAGAUCUUCCAAAAUAUAAUAGAACUUGCUCAAAGGAGAUAUUUUCUAAUUAUCAUGAAUUUGGAGAUUGCUUUAAUUAUGAUUCAGAAAUUAAUGAAAAAAGAUUACAUUCUAAAGAGAAACCUCAAGAAUAUAAUGAAUGUGACAAGGCCUUCCACCUGACCUCACAGCUUAUACAACACCAAAAAAUUCAUACAGCACAGGGAUCAUAUAGGCAAAGGAACAUGCUGAGCUCAUCCAGAAACUUUAAUGUCCACCAGAGAAUUCAAAUAGAGCCACCAUACGAAUGUAAAGAGUGUGGGAAGGCAUUCAGUCAGAGUAGAAACCUUACUCUUCAUCAGAGAAUUCACACUGGAGAGAAACCAUAUGAAUGUAAAGAAUGUGGGAAGUUCUUCCGACAAAAGGCACAUCUUACUGUACAUCAGAGAAGUCACACUGGAGAGAAACCUUAUGAGUGUAAUGAGUGUGGCAAGUUCUUCCGCCGGGGUACCCAUCUUAUUCUGCAUCAGAGAAUUCACACUGGAGAAAAACCAUACGAAUGUAAAGAGUGUGGAAAGGCUUUUACCCAAAGCAAUACACUUACUCUCCACCAGAGAAUUCACACUGGAGAGAAGCCAUACGAAUGUAAUGAAUGUGGGAAGGUCUUCAGUGAUUGGUCAAACCUUAUCCAGCAUCAGAGAGUUCAUACUGGAGAGAAACCUUAUUAUUGUAACGAAUGUGAGAAGGCCUUCAGCCACAGUGGAGACCUUACUCUGCACCAGAGAAUUCACACUGGAGAGAAACCAUAUGAAUGUAAGGAGUGUGGGAAGUGCUUCCGACAGAAGGCACAUCUUAUUGUACAUCAGAGAAUUCAUACUGGAGAGAAACCUUAUGAAUGUAAUGAGUGUGGCAAGUUCUUCCGCCGGGGUUCACAUCUUAUUCUACAUCAGAGAAUUCACACUGGAGAAAAACCAUAUGAAUGUAAAGAGUGUGGAAAGGCUUUUACCCAAAGCAAUACACUUACUCUCCACCAGAGAAUUCAUACUGGGGAGAAGCCAUAUGAAUGCAGUGGAUGUGGGAAGGUCUUCAGUGACUGGUCAAACCUUGUUCAGCAUCAGAGAAUUCAUACUGGAGAGAAACCUUAUUACUGUAAUGAAUGUGAGAAGGCCUUUAACCACAGUGGAGACCUUGCUCUGCACCAGAGAAUUCACACUGGAGAAAAACCAUAUGCUUGCAGUGCAUGUGGGAAGACUUUUCGCCAGAACUCAGCCCUCACUCAACAUCAAAGAAUUCAUAGUGGAGAGAAACCUUAUGAAUGUAAUGAAUGUGAGAAGGCCUUCAGCCGGAGCAGAGACCUUACACUCCAUCAGAGAAUUCACACUGGAGAGAAACCCUAUCAGUGUAAUAGAUGUGGCAAGUUUUUCCGUCAGAGUGCACACCUUCUUCGACAUCAGAGAAUGCAUACUGAAGAAAAACCCUAUGAAGUGUAUUGAAUGUGGGAACGUCUUCUGCAAGAGCUCAUACCAUACUCAAAAUCAGGUAACUUCAUACCUGGAGGAAAACCUAGCAAUGCAGUGAAUGUGACAAGAUUUUCAGCCAAAACCAUAAUUCUCCAUCAGAUAAUUCAUAUUGAAGAGAAAUCUUAUGAAUGUAACACAUGUGGGAAAUUUGUCAGAAUAUACAUCACAGAUUUCAUGCUGGAAAGAAAACAUAUGAAUAUAUUGAAUGUGCUCAGAUCUUACUCAGCAUUAGAGAAUGAAUACUAAGGAGAAACUAUGCUAAUUUCAUAACUGUAGGAAGAUAUUUCUGCCUGGGAUGAGAGCUUAGUGUACACCAUAUAUUCAUUUUAGAGAAAACCUUAUGAAUGUAAUAAAUGAAUUCAUGUCUUCUGUCAGAAUAUAUACCUUUCUAGCAGAAAGUUUACACCAAAAUCUGCCCUUUACCAUAUAAAGUAAUGGAUGUGGGAAGUUUGACUGCUAACACAUCUGACUCACCAUCAGAGAUAAGAACAUAGCUGAGGAUUUUAGACCAUGACACAGCCCUCUUCAUGUUUAAUUAAGUGCAAAUAAAGUUUUUAAUCAUCAAUAUUCGUCAGAUGUUGUAAUCCCACUUUUCAGAAAAGGGAACAUGGGAAGAAGGUGAAUAUCAGGAACUUUGUCAGUUCACACAUAAUGAGAACCAUGAGAAACUUCAGCAGCUGUAGAAGCCAUCCCGUUCACAGAGUCCUGCUAUCAGUAUGCAGGACAAGUAACCAUCUGGCCUCUGCUUGAAGACCUGUAGCAGGGGUGUACCAGGACAGCUCCAGGAUUAGAAGUCUUGCAAUCUCAGUCACAAAUUUUCCUCUGCAGCAUCCAUCUAUUGCACCUGGUUCUGUUUUCUGGACCCAAACAAAAGUAAUUGAAUCCUUCUUCCACAAUGAUGGCUUUUCACAUUCUGUGUCUUCUCCAGGUGCAUCUAGCCCAAUUUUUUUAAUGUCUUCUGAUGACACAGACUCAGCAAAGACCUCUCUUCAUCCUGGAUGGUUUCCUUCGGACACUACAACUAAUCGGUGAUGUCCAGAAUGGAAUAUGCUACUUCUCUGUUAAGAUCUGAUGACUGCAGGUUAGGGGGAGACUAUCCUCUCCCUAUUCCUGGGAACCAUACUUUCUUAAUGGAAAGAAAUUAGCAUUUGUUAAGUGUCUACUGUUUUAUCAGGCAGAGUGCUGAACACACUUUAUAACUAUCUCAUUUAAUCCUCACAACAAAUCUGGGUAAUAAGUGGUAUUAUCUCCAUUUUCCUGUUGAGGAAGCUUAAGCAUACUGGAGGUUAGGUGACUAAGACUGGAUUUGAACUCAGGCCUUCCCGACUCUGGGCCCACAGCUCUAGCUACCGUGCCACCUAGUUACCUCAUAUAGUUGUCCCACUAUGAACCUAUGGACCACAACUGUCUGUAAGACUUUCUUGGCAAAGGAACUUCCUUCUCUAAUGGAUCCUUUUGUUAGGCAGAGAUCAAAUGACUUGCCCAGGGUCAUCUGGCAAGGAAGUAUCUGAUUUGAAAUCUGGAUUUGAACUGAGGUCUUCCUGAUUCCAGGAACCCAGUGCUCCAACUGCCUCUUAUUAUAGCCCAAGUUCACAUUAGCUUUUUGGAUUGCUACAUCACACUGCCAACUCAUUGACCUUUUAGUGCAUUAAAACUUCCAAGUCUUUUCCAGAACAA